AGCUAGCGCACUGCCUUCCGCGCGUCGAGAAGGCAGUUGUUUUAACUUGCUUUACUAAGCAAACCGAUUUAGUUUAAACUAUAUAAGUUUAUGGGCUCUAGAUCGCUUGACAGCAGUGGAAUCUCGUUAGUGGUCCAGCACAAAGGAAAACAUGGAUGACAAAAAAACUCAAAAGUCUCUAGCUUCUUCGUGGAUAAACAAACAACUAAUAGAGACUGCUCUGAAUAACGAGAAUAGUGGUACUAAAAUUAGAGUGGAAGAAGCAGUAAUCGUGGAUAACGAGAAAGGUCUGGGAUACACGAGCAACAUCCUGAGAGUGGCGGCCACCGUCAGACGAGAAAACGCCGCCUCCUGUGACCAGGUGCACCUGGUAGUGAAGUACGCUCAGGAUCAGGGGAAGCUGAAGGAGAUCGCAGAUGACAACAACGUCUUCCGGAAGGAGUCACUGCUGCUGUGCGAGAUAUUCCCGGAGUUGCACAGGCUGCUGGAGACGGCGGAAGGCGACGCGUUCAGGCCGCUGGCGGCGCGCUGCUUCCUGUCCGGCCGACAGCCCGUGGAGUUCCUCCUGAUGGAAGACUUGUCGGCGGCGGGUUUCCGGCUGCCCCCGGCAGGUCGCUCGUUCGAUUACCGGCACUGCGCCGUGGCCCUGCGCGCCUACGCCCGCCAGCACGCCGCCUCUGCCCGGCUGCUAAGGGACAGGCCCGACUACAGGGCACGGUCAGAGCUCCGCAGCAAGAUGGCCGACGCGGAGAAGUCCUUCUUCAAAGACAUGCUCGACAAGGUUAUGAAAAACAUCGCCAGAGAAUUCAGAACCAUCCCGGGGUACGAGAGGUACGCCGACAAAUGCGAGCACCUAGCAGGCAGGUCCGUCGACAGAAUGGCCGACUUCUGGACGUCUACUGAAGUCACGUUGCCCGUGGUGAUUCACUGCGAUUGCUGGAAAAACAACUUCAUGUUCAGAUACGACGGAGAAGCUGUUACUGACGUUAGGAUUUUAGACUUUCAGAUGAGCAGAGUGCACAGCCCGGCGGCGGACGUGGUGUCCUUCCUGUACGUGAACGCCAGCGAGGAGGUACACCGGCGGCACCUGCCCGGCCUGCUGUCGCUGUACCACGGCGCGCUGCAGGACACGCUGCGCGCUCUGGGCCUGCGAGCAGAGGCGGACGCCUACCCGCUCGGCGAGUUCCAGAGGGACGUGGACUGGGCGCAUGUGCUCGCCGUGUUCAACAGCGCCGUCAGGGGCAUGGUCCUCACGUCCGAGGAGAACGGCGCAGAUUUCGCCAACUUCUUCGACAACACCGACGAGUCCGGCGAAGUUCUAGCAAAGGCAUGCAGGCAUCCCGACUGCGUGUCGUACUUGAAAUAUGUCAUUCCUCUAUUUGAGAAGAAAGGUCUCCUGUGAAUUUUAUUAUAAUUAUUCGUUUUGACCUGCCAAUGUAAAUACAUACUUCCUAUUCGCAAAAAUGAAUGACACCCUGUCGACAUUUGUUACUGUACUUCCGUGAUACCUUUCACUAUCAGUUAGGUAAUAAAA